AUGGACAAGAUAACGAAGCACAGGCUCAAUGCAGCUUGUGAUGAAUUCAUCAAAGCUAUCGACCCUCUCAAGGCCUGCGAAUUAGCCUCGACAUUUCACCCUAAACAACUCACCUGCCGUAUCUUUGACGAAUGGAAGAAAGGGAGCUACAAUGUGUGCAUACCAGUGGUGUUUGAAGACGGUACAGAGGGAAUGGGAGAAAAAUGGAUGGUGAGAAUCCCGCUACUUCCUCGACUAGCCUUUCCAGAGGAAAAAAUGCGAAACCCAGACUUACAGAAUCAUCUAUUUGCACAAAUAGGCGAAAUCUACAUUCAGCUUUAUCGUCAACAAUUUGACCGAGUUGGAGCACUCACCCUCAAUGAGAAUGGAGAUUGGGUCUUUGCUGAAAACCGGCCCUUGACUAUUGACAUCAGUGAACAAGAGCUCUGUGGACUUGAUAUAUGUCGUCAUUUACCCUAUAACCGCACAUUCCAGUCUACUAUUGACUGUAUUUACAUGAUUGUGAACCUAAUAUUCAAUGACUUUUACCGUGGCCGUGACUGCAUAACCUCAGAAGAAGAUGCCCAAUACUAUUUGUAUAGCAUAUUCGCAUCCCAGGGUAUCUUGAUGGAGUGGGUUGAUCCCAAAUACAACCAUGGGUCUUUUGUACUGAUACAUGGCGAUCUUCGCCCACCAAAUAUUGUUGUCGAUGACAGCUUCAAUCUUGUUUCAGUUCUUGACUGGGAGUGGAGUCAAACUGUUCCGAUUCAAAUGUUUGCUCCUCCCUCCUGGCUUUCCGAUGCCACUCUUUCUCAAAUCUCACAUGGGUUUCUCGCUAUUCAAUACGAUAUACUGGCGUUCAACUUUAUUCGAGCGACCGAGCGACAAGAAAAAGCCUUCCACAACCCCAACAACUGUUAUAUGCACGAUCUCCCACUAACAGGACUCUGGCGCCCCAUGGCACAACCAAAACAAUUCCUGGUUGCUCAUGCGCUACUGGCGCCUCACUACUUCUCGAAUGUUUACUGGAGGUCUCUACACAGUAAGUAUCAUGAGAGGGACAGAAAUCAUCACGUCAAGGAGUUCUUCGAAUUACCUGUCCGAGCCUCUGCUUGCGAAGCCGUGGCCAAGAAGUGGGACGAGUUUAAAAGGUUUGAAAAGGAGCGACAAGAAUUAGGCAUUGAAACAGAGCCAAUUAUCGAAACAGAAACGGCCGAAGACUUAACCCGACAGGUGGAAGCAUUUAGAAAAUUCCAAAAAGGGGAGAAAGCAGAGCCCAAUCCCUCAGCGUCCUACUUAAGCUCUUUGUGCAGUUUCUUCCUUGGUAAGACACAGUCAGUAGUCGUAUUUUCGUGGGCGGGUCUUGGUCUUUCGGCGAAGACGGCAGCACAGAUCCUGGUCGGACUAGGAAUGAUAUCUGCAGUGCACAUCCUCCGUCAGAAACUGAAUAAACAAUAG